AUGGCCCUGCUCCGGGGCACGGAGCCGGGUCCCUGGUGCCCGCGGUGCGUGACACGGCGGGUCCCCGCGGGGCCGGGGCCGGGCUGCGGGCGGUGUGGCCGCCGUGUCCCGUCCCCCCCGCGCCGGCCGGGCCCGUCCCCUCCCACCGUGGAGCCAAGUUCAAACCGCGGGCCCCGGCGGAGCGGGACGCGGCGGAGGGGCCGGGCCGGGCUCCGGGAGCCGCCGCAGGGUCCGCGCCCGCGGGGCUCCAUGAUUUUCCCCCGGGCGCUCUCCUGCACUGUUGUGCUGCUCCUGCUCCUCACGGUGCUGAGCAGAGGCAAGAGGUGCAGCAUCGCCAGGAUCCUCCGGCAGUACCGCGCUGUCAUCUUCCACGAGAUCCAGAACCUGAAAACCCUGAGUGGGUCGGUGGACAGGAGCGGAAGGGCCGGGCCGGCUUGUCGCUCGGAUAAGGACCAGAGGAUCCUGCUCUCCAUCUACAACAUCAGCAUGUCCCUGUGGGAGGCAGCCGCCGGCUCCCUGCGCGGCCCCGAGGAGCUGGCGCUGUGGAAGGUGGCCAGGAACACGGAAGUUGUGUUCAGGGAGAACUGCAGGAACAUCAGCAAGAGCCCACCGCGCAUCCCGGCUCAGCCCCGGCGCCGGGGACACGGCCACAGGAGGAAGAUGCUGCGGGAGGUCGGGAGGAAGGCGCAGAGGCUGGUGACCUGCUGGGAGAAGCUCUAUGCCCUGCACGCACCGCACCGGGCCCCCCGGGACUCGUAGGGAUGCUCUUGCCUUGCUCUGGACCUCCAGAGGGUCCUGCUCCAGCACCGGGGCUGGUUUGGAAACCUGGGGGCACGUUCUAUGCUGAAGGCAGCGGAGAUGUUGAAUUCAUCCUCCUGUUUCAAGUGGUACCCAAAGAUCAGCCCCAUGUCACGUGGUGGGUGCUGGCAGGUUGGUUUGCCGUUGAAUGGCUGCAGCAGGAAGCUGGAACAGCAGGAACAUGGGAAGAAGAAAGGAAAGUGCCAAAGAAAGGAGGUGAGGCAUUGGAUUUCUCUGAUGCUCCUGGCCCUGCAUCUCCUGCUGCUUUCUUGGGGACAACGGUUGCUUUUGGGCAGAAAGAGGACACGGGGCCAUUGCUUGAAGUGGGACCAUUGUGUAUCCAUAAGGCUCUGGGGGUGGCCAGGCUGCAGAGAGGGACCUGUGUCAGUGUUGCACUGGUGGCACACGGAGAGCAGCCGGGCACUCACAGCGGAUGGGGAAGCCAGGCUGCACCACCGGGCACCCGGGGAGGGCUGGGGAGCACCAGUGCCUGUGGGUAAACAGCAGAACCCCAGAGGGAUGCAGAGGUUUGAGGCCAAGCCUCAGACCCUGGGAUGUGCAGCUCUGUGAAGGACCCAGUUGCUCGGCGCUGCGGGUGCCCUGGUACCCGCUGGUGAGCUGAGCUGAGCCUGGAGGGACGUGGUGUUUGUUGAGCUAAGGAGCAUCCUCCCUUGUCACUGUGCUCUGCCAGCACCCGGGGGGGGGUCUCUGCUCCCUUCUUGGGUGGCAAACACUCUCUGGAAAGCCAGAAAUAAAACCUGGAAGCCCUC